GGAUCAUACUAGAUGCAUGAUGUAAACGUUCAGGAGGGUCGAUUUAUAAUGUUAAAAUCGAAAGACGCCUUGUGUGAAAUACCUCUUAGAAGCAAACCUUCUAACUUAAAGGUUUCAUUCACGUAUCACAAGGAUAACAACAAUGUCCAGGAAUUAAGCGCGAAUCCAUCGAACAGUUUGCCCGUUGGAAGGCAUCAAAAUGGACGAAAUGAUUCCACAGACAUCAACGCAAUAGAGAGUUUUCACUGUGCGAUCGGGCCGGUUUUAAGUAUGGCCCGGAUAUUCGGUUUGUUCCCGGUGGCUGGAAUCCGGUCUGUAUCACCCUCGAAGCUUCGCUUCAAGAUAUUCUCGUUCGUCACUUUUUAUUCAAGCUUCAUCGCCGCGAUGGUAUUUUUCAUAACGGUCUUAUCGGUGUCUCACAUGUUGAAAACUCUCAACGCUAAUACGUUUCGUACACGUGGAGGCAUAGCUGCGGCGACAGUUGGCGCUGUGUUCUAUGGGAACAGUCUGAUGGGCAGCAUCUUAUUCUUCCGGUUGUCGUCACAUUGGGUGUCGCUUCAGUGCGAAUGGAGGGCCAUGGAACGAUACAUAGACAGCAAUUCUAUAGAACCUACGCGGCUCCGAUGGAAAUUCUUCUUCCUAAGCACCGUGAUACUGGUGUUGUCCUUCAUAGAACAUGUUCUGAGCAUGUUCAAUAGCGUCGAGGGAUACGACUGGAACGCACCGAACUCAACGUUCCGUAAUUUCUUGGAGAUGUACACUCUACGCUCUCAUUCAUUCCUCUUCGACACAUUAUCGACCAACGUUCUACUGGCGGGAACUUCGCGAAGACUAUGCGAUACUGAGCUGCGUUGUUAAAAAAGUAGACGAGCACAUCUCUCCGAUCAUUCUUCUGUCUUUCGCCAACAACCUCUACUUCAUUUGUCUUCAACUAUUGAACGGACUGUCCAUAUCCGAUGAAAACAUAAUAAGCACAGUUUACUUCUUCGGCUCUUUCGGAUUCCUUAUCAUUCGUACGUGCGCUGUUACUUUACUCACAGCUCGAAUACACGAUCAAAGUAAAGAGGCGUUACCUUAUCUGUACAAUUGCUCGACGUCCAAUUACGGUAUCGAGGUUGCUGGGGCGAUCAUAACGUACGAAGUUGUACUUUUGCAAUUCAAUGGUGUUAAAUGAAGCGAAAUGUAACAACAUCUAUUUCACUAUUACUGUCGAAUCUGUCCAUAAUUGUACUUUUGACAAUAUUGUUGCUAUUAUGAAUGCAAUUAAUGCUCCAGUCUGUCCCCGACAAUUCUCUUGUUAUUUGUAUAUAGAAAAAUAUAUAAUUCCUUUCUUUAAACAAUAUUAUGUUCAUAUAAAUUCAUAGAAAUUUUCACUCGCGAAAAUUCAGAUUUUAGAUUUUUCUAUGUAUGUUUUUGAGAGUACAAUUGAAAAGAUAGAACAGUGCUUUAAUUUAAUUAUAGUAUUUAAAUGGAACUCGGAACGUAGUAAAUGAUAUGUGUACAUAGUAUGAACAUUGCAUACAUUUUUUUGUUUACGUACAUAACACUUUAAAAUUUUCUGUAAAUGCAUAAUGUAUAGUUUUUAUGUCAUUUAGAUUUUUAAAAUUUGUUAUCUGAUAUUGUCAAUUGUCA